AUUCUCUGUAUCUAUCUAACCAAAGUAAUAUCAGAAGUCCAUGUCAGACAGCUGCAACUCUCGCCACUUCUCAUGGCUAAUGAAAUCCUGCUUCCCCAGUCCACAGCACACCAACUCUCCCAAUCCCAUCCAACCCAUCAACGCCGCCACCACUGCCACCAUCACCACCAUCUCUUCUCUUCCCGAUGACCUUCUCUUGGAAUGUAUUUCUCGAGUCCCCUCCUCUUCUCUCCCUUCUCUUUCCCUUGUCUGCCGCCGCUGGUCUCACCUCCUUCGUUCCUCUUCUUUCCUCUCCCUCCGCCGCCUCCACAACCUCCUCCACCCAACUGUUUUCGCCUUCUCAGUUUCUAAUUCAACUCUCUUCGCUGCCAACCUUUGUUUCCAAGAACCUUGGCAGAUUGCUUCGUGUCUUCUAUUUGAAAUUGGUUCUUUAGAUAAUAUUUCUCAUGCUCGAUUAUCUGCGAUUGGACCCAGAAUCUACAUUAUCGGGCGAAAUCGAUUGUUUUGUUAUGAUACAUGGAGUGCCACGAUUUCUUCUAGAUCUUCUAUGAUUUUUCCUAGGAAGAAAUUCGCUACUGCUGUAGUUUCUUCCAAAAUCUAUGUUGCCGGAGGCGGGCCACGCGCUGCCGCGACAGUUGAGGAGUACGACCCAGAUACUGAUUCAUGGUCUUUAGUAGCACAAGCGCCGAGAAAGAGAUUCGGGUGCAUCGGAGCAGCUGUUGAUGGUGUGUUUUAUGUAAUUGGUGGACUUAAAAUUGGUGGACUAGCUGGAAAUGAAUUUUCACGCGCCGCCACAGCUGGGGCAGAGGCAUAUGUGUAUGCAAGUUCAAUGGACUUGUAUGAUGUGGAGGCAAAAGUGUGGCUUAGGAGCCGAGCGGUUCCCGGAGGCGGGUGUGUAGUGGCAGCAUGUGCGGCAGCUGGGUUUGUGUACAUUUUAGCAAGCCACGCGGUGGAGCUUUCAUUUUGGAGAUUUGACGCACGUAGAAAAUCCAGUGGCGGCGGUGGCGCGUUUGGAGAGUGGUGUAGAAUAAAGAGCCCUCCACUGCCGGCUCAAGUUAGAGUCGACGGUACGGUGAGGUUUAGCUGUGUAGGAGUGGAAGAUAAGGUAGUGCUAAUUCAAGUCAAUGGUUGCAUUGACGAUUUAUUAAGGGGAAGUGGAAGAAAUGUCAGGGGAUUAAAGGAAGGAUUGGUUUUGAUUUAUGAUUGUAGCCGUGAAGAGUGGAUCAGGGGCCCUGAUCUGCCUGAGGUCAUGAGACGCGCCGCUUGCGUGAGUGUGGAAUGUUAAAUCAGCUUGUCGUGACUAACUUGCGCCGGAAAUAUGGAACAUGUUAAAAGAAGUUGCUUUACUGAGGCUAACGUGUGCCAUUCAUGUCGUUUCGGUAGCAGACAAAAUGAUCAAUGCAACAUGUGUUUGAUUGUCAUUCACGAUAAAGAAAAAGCGACGUCUAGAGGCACACAAGUGUUAUAGGGCUUAGGGAGAGAUGGGCUCUAAUUUUUUUUUUUUUAAUUAAAAAAAUGAUUAUGAUUGGUUUGUUUUUGUUUUUAUUUAUUUUAUUUUAUUUUUUGGUUUGGAGGAAAGCAAUCUAAAGAUAGAUAUGGAUUUGGAUUCCAUGACUAUUUUUCUGGUGCAUGGACAGAAUUUGUCCAAUUGGUGUAUUAUUUGGAUGUUUUAAAAUUUUUAAGUUGGAAUGAUAAAUUUAUUUAUUCCCAACUUUAA